AUGAAUGCCUUUCGUCAAGCAAGGGCGCUGGGACAGCAUCUGGUGGUGGGUGUGAACAGCGACGAGUCCGUGCUCCAGGCCAAAGGCUUUCUGCCGGUGCUGAUGGACUCAGAGCGACAAGCUGCGGUGCUGGGCUGUCGUUUUGUGGAUGAGAUAGUUCCAGCGUCUCCAUAUGUCAUGACUGCAGAAUACAUUGAGGAACUGGUGGAAUCCAAAGGCAUUGAUUACUUUGUACACGGUGACGACCCGUGCGUGGUAGAUGGCCGUGAUGUGUAUGAAGCAGCCCGAAAAGCAGGCAGAUUCUGCACAAUUCCAAGAACAGAAGGGAUCUCCACCACGGACAUUGUUGGGCGCUUGUUGCUACUCACACAGGAUCACCACAUGGGGCAUCUUGUAGAUCAGCCAAGUCCAGUUUCCAAGCAGGGGGUCUUUGCGUCGAAGCAAUCAAACUUCUUGGUCACUUCGCAGCUACUCAGGGCAUUCUCAGGUGCUUUGCCUGGACAGAAGCCUGGCAAGGUGGUCUAUGUGGAUGGCGCUUGGGAUAUGUUUCACUGUGGCCAUGUGGCCCUGCUUCGAAACGCCAAAGCUUUGGGCGAUCUUCUGAUUGUGGGCGUCCAUGCUGAUGCGGUGGUGAAUCAACAUCGUGGCUCAAACUAUCCUAUCAUGAACAUGCAGGAGCGUGUGCUGAGCGUGCUUGGCUGCCGCUAUGUGGAUGACGUUUUACUGGAUGCCCCAUGGCAGGUCACGCGGGAGAUGAUUGCCACCUUAAGAAUAUCUGUGGUGGUUCGCGGCACGAUUUGCGAUACAGAUGUGCGCGAUGCAGAUGAUCCCCACAACAUCCCGAAGGAGAUGGGCAUUCAGGUAGAGUUGGACAGCGAGGAAUCUUUGUCCCUCGCAGUGAUCGCCCAGCGCUUGCACGAGCGCCGGUCAGAUCUCUUUGAGAGACAUAGAAAAAAGGC